CAACUUUUCAAUGACCUCCCACUCACGGUUGACCGCUUUGUCAAGAGAAGAUACCACGAAAUAAUGCCUAAAUCACUAUUCCUGUCCCUUUUUGAAGAACUCCGGGUUUACAUUCUAGGCUUCCUUUCUUUCAGAUAUAUCCUUUGUUGCGCAUCCGUAUGUAAGGCCCUUCGACAGACAUACAUGUCCUCUUCAGAGCUCCAGUACAUUGUCGAACUCAGCGGCCAAUGCUUGCUCCCCGUCUCCAUCACGGGAGACCACACCCCUAUUUCCGAGCGCUUACAACGCCUGAGGGACAAAGCCCACGCAUGGCUCAAGUUUAAUGUCUUCGCUUUCCAAACAGGCACCUUACCAAUCCCGUUUCCUAACUUGAGAUGCUCCACUGGUGAAUAUCUCUACUCGUGGAUCCACCAUAGCGACUUGGUCACCAUCAGCCCAAUACCAUCCAAAUAUCCACAACAAACAAUCGAACACGAGUGGUCACCAAAAACGUUGUGUCCAUCAAUAUUUACUCAGAGAGUGAAGUACAUAUUGAUGGACCCAGCACAAAAUCUGUUCGGCAUCAUGUAUAUUGUUGACAACAUGGCCUAUCGCAUUUACCUAACAACUCUGGAUGAUGGUCAUGUCCACCCUCACGCUGCUGGACCAGCGCUGAACCUGGAGCUGUCCGUGUAUGCAUUUGAUGUGAAGCUCAAGUGUUAUGGGAGGCAUAUCGCUUUGUGGCGCGACUGUGAGACUUCGAGGUUUUUGCAGACGCCGUGGCAUCUGCAAAUUUGGGACUGGCAGCACUCAACAACAUCCAGCCGGCAGCACAUUCACCAGUGCCAGUUUUUGUUUUCUCGGAACGACAGAUUGCUCGUUUUUGACCGAGAGUUGGAGCUGUAUUCGAUCGAGGAUACGUCCAAGACACCGCGAUUGCUGGCACGUUUCCAGUUGCCUUUCCCGUUGGUGAACUUGGAGAGUGAUCAUAGCUCACAGCCGAAGAUGCAGACACAAGCCCAGUCGGUGUACACCUCAGACCCUAAACACAGACUGCUAUGCGUUUACUCGUUAAUUGAUGAUGUUCGAAAGAUCUUUGUCAUUUCCACGAAGAUUUUCUUCGACAUCGACCAAGCGGCGGUAAAACCAUGGAGGUAUAAACCAUGGAGAUAUGGUAUACCAUGGCAGCAUUGGGGCCCUGGACAUGUUCGUGUUUUGAAGUAUAAAGCAAGAAACAAAACCAAAAUUCACCUCUGCGGGAAUCGGGUUUUGCUGGUGGACAAGAUAACGUCAAAGACACAUGCGUAUAAGUUGCGUAUGAUGGACUUCAGCCCGCUGGCUGUGGCGAAUAGGCGGGGUCUAGGACGAGUGGUGAAAGAGCGAUCGACCACCACGAGUGGCUCCUAUUCCGAGUGGCCCGAUCAAUCAUGGGACAAUAUCACCCAUUGGCACUCGACGAUUGAAAAGUCUAUGCCUUACGUCGAGGUAGUAUCAAGUAGGAAGAUUGCCGGUGGUGGGUGGUUGCAGGAUGUAUGGAUGGAUGAUGAUAGGAUUUAUUUGGUAUUUGUGACAUCGUGUAGUAGAGACCGUAAGCUUCAGGUUAUUGACAUUUAUUAGA